GAGCAACGUAGUAACAAAAAUAACACAUCUAGGCCGGUCGUGCACCCGCGAAUUUCAGUUUCGGCGCAAAUUCGUUUUACACGGACGCCGUGAUCAUAUUCGAAAUAUUUGCAGAUGAAAAAUGUAAAGCAGAAAUACCAUCGCGUUUUUAACGAAGUUACGGUGGUUUUUUGUACUUCGGUGGCACGUUUUUAGUAAUAUAAAGGACAAAAGUGAAACGAAGUGUUUUAGCAUCGAAAAAUCAUGUUUAACCAUUCAAGUACAUCUUACAGUGGCUCCUGUAAUUACAUGCCAAAAAGAGAUGAAAAAUUUGUAAAAUUGAAACGGAAAGAAGGUAUGUGGGGCGGGGGUGCGCAGUGCGUGCACGCCUCGCUGCCGCGCGGUGCGCGUGCGCAACCCGCGCCCACGCUCAGCGGCGCUAUCGCAAGCCGCCGCCCGCCCAGGCCAACACCUCCAUCUCCGACAUUAAUAGCUCAAGUGGACUCAUCAGUAGCCUGCCUGUGGCUGCUCACACCAUUGUCAGCCGGUACAGCUGUGGUGGCAGUACUAGUGGCAGUCUCCACAAAUAACUGGCUCCAUACAGAAGAGAACAUGCUGAACCCCGCAUACAAUGGUACGGGGAAACACAGUUUGGUUGCCAAACACACUGUAUCGGGCUUGUGGAGAAUAUGUCACACGGAUCCUGGCGGUUUGGUGUAUCGAUGUUUGGAUAUACCCUACUUCCCCCUAUCACAAUAUGCCCCGGAUCCGAGUGAUUCUACGAAUGCAAUACCAUAUGUGGUAACCAGAUCAGCGGCUCCCUUACUACUGGCAGUGUUUACACAAGCUGUUGGUGCACUUUGCUGUGUGCUAGGACACUGUGUAAAAGGUCGUCGACUAUGUACUUUCAUCGCCGGCGUACUGUUCAUUAUUUCUGGUCUCAUUAUGCUGACUGGAAUUGUCAUGUACAUAUCGGUAUUUAAGUCGCAAGUGGGUCACAAAUUACGAUACAUGACUAUCUUCGAUACUCCGCGGAUGUCUUACAGUUAUGGAUAUUCUUUUGGUCUAUAUAUUAGUGGUUUUGUGGCCGUCGAGCUAGCAGGCACGUCUGCCAUAUUCCUCUUCCUGCAAUGGUAUCAAAAAGACUGGAUAACAGAAUUAACAGAGAAGGCCAAAGCAGAUUGUCGUAUCUGGGACAGAGAAUAUGCAUUCUCGGACUUCAGAGAACGAGAUUCUACGUUAUUAGAAAGAAGAAUGAUGAAGAGAGACACAUACCCGCCUACAGGUUCAUCCGCAGCCACGCCACGAGAACGGAGACGAUUUGUAUACGACGGAGAUGAUCUACCGCAUUGUUCUAUACAUAAAAACAGAAGAAUAAAUUUAAGUUCUGCAUCUUUAAAAGAUUUGUCGUCGUCAACGCUGUACGGUUUUCCUGCAGCACCAAGGCCAACAGCCUGCGAUAAUUACUUUGAGGAAUUUAAAGAGGUUCCGCAAAGCGCGAACACUUUAAGUGGGCUAAGGAGCGCCUCAAUAUUUCAAUCCCAAGCGUCGGUAGCUAGCGGCAGAUUCUUGGAUUCAACGGCUGUGGAACCACCGCCUUCACGGGAAGAAGAGUUGGUGACAUUCGGAGCAGGAGCGCGUGGCGCAGCUGCUGAAGAAGAACAGCCUCCGAGGCACGAUCGUGCAGUUGGUACGGACCCUUACCGCAGGACCACUCCCGUCUGAUCUAAGAUACCGGGUACCUUGCCCCCAGUUUAAAGCAUAUCGAGAAGUGAUAAAUGACGAUGCUGUUUCACGUACUAUUUAUACCUAGGCAUAUGACAAUUGUACGUAGGUAGGUACGGGUAACUAUUAAGAAGUGUCUUUCGAAUUUAUGAACGUACAUACGUGAAUUGUGUUAUGGAAUUUUUAAUUGUUACAUUUCCUUGAAUAAACACUG